AUGAGUUCUUCGACCGGCGCCAACUUAACCCAGGUCUCUAUAAACACAAAAACAGAUUCUCAUCAGCAAGAUAGAAGAGUUCAUCAACAGAGAAGCUUAGAAUGUUUCGAGAUUAUAUGGCUCGAUGCGCAUAUUGAUAAGAAAACAAAUGACAAUUCAAACACAAUAACUCAAUUACGGCGUGUGGUUAAUAACAAUUUGAAAACAUUUGAUAAUCCUGAUCAAUGCUCUACUUACAUAUCAUCGAUCCAAAACCAGAAAAUCUUUCUAAUUGUAAGUGGUUCAUUUGGUGAAAUUGUCGUUCCUCAAGUUCAUGCAUUAACACAAAUUGAACUAAUUUAUGUAUUUUGCUUUGAUAAAGCGAAACAUGAAAAAUGGACAAAUAAAUACAAGAAAAUAGUUGGUGCAUUUUCUGAUAUCGAUUCAAUUUGUGAUAAAUUAGGUGUAGAUGUGAAUUCAUGUACGAAUGACUUAAUGCCAUUUAGUGCUAUCAGUUCAGCAGAGGAAAUAAAUAAACAAGAUCCAUCAUUUAUGUGGUUUCAACUUUUACUCGAUAUAUUGUUGAACAUGAAACAUACAGAUGGCACAAAACAAGAAAUGAUCGAUCUGUGUCAAGAACGAUAUAAAGACAAUGAAGAACAAUUAAAAUAUGUUCGAGAAUUCAAAACAUAUGCCCCUGAUAAAGCAAUCUGGUGGUAUACAUGUAACUGCUUUUUAUAUGGAAUGUUGAAUAAUGCACUACGAACAUUAGACAUCGGUACUCUAUUCAAACUAAGAUUUUUCAUAACUGAUCUUCAUGAUCAAUUAAAGCAAUUCCAUUCAGAAUUUAUUCAUUCAACAUCUAUAAAAGCAAUGACUGUUUAUAGAGGACAAGGUAUGUCUCUUGAAGAACUGAAGAAAUUUACAACAGGCGGUCUGCUAUCAAUGAAUUAUUUUAUGUCGACAAGUACAGAAAAGAUGCAAGCACUUGAAUUUGUUGACCAGGCGAUAUCAAAAAGUCCUUCCAAUCAGGGAAUUCUGUUUGAAAUGAAGGUUGAUGUUAAAACCUGUCAUAAACCAUUUCAUAAUAUUCAACAUCUGAGCUUUUAUCCAAGUGAAAACGAAGUUCUCUUUUCAAUGGGUACAGUAUUUCGCAUUCACUCAAUUCAACAAACAGGUAGUAGAAGUUGGAGUAUUGAUCUAAAACUAGUUGCCGAAGGUGAUCAGCAACUGCAAACCUUGAUGAAUCAUAUGAGAAAGGAUAUAGGAGAAGGAAGUGAUUUAUUUGCAUUAGGGGAUUUGAUGUUAAAAAUGGGACACUACAACAAAGCACAAGAGUACUAUGAACUAUUCUUGAAAUCGUUACCUGAAAAUCAUCCUUCGAUUGCAGCAACAUACAACAACAUGGGAUUAGUCCAUUAUAAUCAAGGCAAUUAUGUUGAAGCAUUGAAUUAUUAUAAAAAGACACUUGAAAUUCAACUGAAAUCGUUAACUGAAAAUCAUCCAGAUAUUGCAACAACAUACAACAACAUGGGUGGUGUGCAUGAUAAUCAAAGCAAUUAUAUUGAAGCAUUGAAUUAUUAUAAAAAGACACUUGAAAUUCAACUGAAAUCGUUACCUGAAAAUCAUCCAGAUAUUGCAAGAACAUACAACAACAUGGGCCAUGUGCAUGAUAAUCAAAGCAAUUAUAUUGAAGCAUUGAAUUAUUAUAAAAAGACACUUGAAAUUCGAUUGAAAUCACUACCAGAAAAUCAUCCGGAUAUUGCACGAACAUACAAGAACUUGGGCCAUGUACAUUCUAAUCAAGGCAAUUUUGUUGAAGCAUUGAAUUAUUAUAAAAACACACUUGAAAUUCGAUUGAAAUCAUUACCUGAAAAUCAUCUUUCGAUUGCAAGAACAUACAACAACAUGGGCAGUGUGCACGAUAAUCUAGGCAAUUAUAUUGAAGCAUUAAAUUAUUAUAAAAAGACACUUGAAAUUCGAUUGAAAUCAUUACCUGAAAAUCAUCCUUCGAUUGCAGCAACAUACAACAACAUGGGAUUAGUUCAUUAUAAUCAAGGCAGUUAUGCUGACGCAUUGAAUUAUUAUAAAAAGACACUUCAAAUUCAAUUGAAAUCGUUACCUGAAAAUCAUCCAGAGAUUGCAACAACAUACAACAACAUGGGUGGUGUGCACGAUAAUCAAGGCAAUUAUGUUGAAGCAUUGAAUUAUUAUAAAAAGACACUUGAAAUUCAACUGAAAUUGUUACCUGAAAAUCAUGCGUCGAUUGCAAGAACAUACAACAACAUGGGCAGCGUGCAUUCUAAUCAAGGCAAUUAUGUUGAAGCAUUGAGUUAUUAUAAAAAGACACUUGAAAUUCGAUUGAAAUCGUUACCUGAAAAUCAUCUAGAUAUUGCACGAACAUACAAGAACAUGGGUGGCGUGCAUGAUAAUCAGGGCAAGUAUGUUGAAGCAUUGAGUUAUUAUAAAAAGACACUUGAAAUUCGAUUGAAAUCAUUACCUGAAAAUCAUCCUUCGAUUGCAAGAACAUACAACAACAUGGGUAGUGUGCAUGAUAAUCUAGGCAAUUAUAUUGAAGCAUUGAAUUAUUAUAAAAAGACACUUGAAAUUCAAUUGAAAUCGUUACCUGAAAAUCAUCCAGAGAUUGCAACAACAUACAACAACAUGGGCCAUGUGCGUGAUAAUCAAGGCAAUUAUACUGAAGCAUUGAAUUAUUUUAAAAAGACACUUGAAAUUCGAUUGAAAUCACUACCUGAAAAUCAUCUAGAUAUUGCCAGAACAUACAACAACAUGGGCCAUGUGCAUGAUAAUCUAGGCAAUUAUGUUGAAGCAUUGAAUUAUUAU